UUUUCGAACCUUCCCGCAUCACAAAUCCAAACACAGUAAACCCUUCUCCACCACGACAAUAGUGAGUUGAGUGCCUGCGACACGUUGCACUUUCAUCCCAGGCACUCUUCCUGUUUGUUGCUUGCGGUGGCCGACCUUUGAGCCUUUGCACACCCAACAAACAAACCUUGGCGAGGUCGCCCUGCUGACCGGGGCCAACAAGCGGCUGCGCGCCUCGCGACCGUUCCGGCGUCAUCCAUCAGCUUCGCCCGACAUCACCAUCCAUUUGGCAUCGGCCAGCACACAGUGUAUUAUUACCACCCUUACAGAUAAAAAGAACAACCGAUAUGCCCGGCAAAACACCCGAUAAGGAACCCGUGGAGAACGGUGGCUACCGGGGAGGGAAAGAUUUGACGGAGAAGGACCGCAAAUCCAAGGCCAAGAAGCCCAGCAAGAAGGAGGCCGAGGACGACGUUAAGGUUGUGGUCCCGGUUCUAAAAGCAUCUAAGCAGUCGUCGAUCCCGCCUCCUAACGACGCGGAGGGUGACGUUGCGAUGGACGACGCUGAUAAGACGGCCGAGGGCGAGGUCAAGGUCGACCCUGUCCUCCAGACCAUUAACGAUAUCAAGAGCAAUUUUGCACUUCUAGAUCGCGCUGUUGCGCUCUUCGACGCAAGAUUCUCUCUCCGUGCGCUGCGGUCGAUCUCGUCGAUUCGGAAAAGGCUCACGCCUGAUAUCCUCGCGCAAGUCAUCUCCGAGACGUAUUCUCCAUCUUCAGCCAGCACUCAUGCUGCGAAGCAAAUGUUGCUGGCAGUUGGCCGGUCAGACAUGUCCCUGGGUCGUCAGAUUGGCCCAGAGAUGGAGAUCGACAGCGAGCCGAAGGCCACCGGCAAGAAUGGCGUCAAGAAGGAGACGAAGGACAUGAUCCCGGAAAUCGACGUCUUCCUCGGCAUCCUCACGCAAGUCCUUUUGCACGACAGCAAGCAGUUCCAGCAAGGUCUCGAGUUCUCGUACUACCUCGUUGAACGGGUCCGGUCUCUCAACCGUCGCACACUCGAUAGCCUGUCUGCCAAGGUAUACUUUUACUACUCGUUAUUUGCGGAGCAGAUUGCUCCCCUGCCGCCGUCUCCGCAAUCGCCUAUCGUGUCGAUCCGGCCGACCCUGCUUGCCGCCCUCCGGACCGCGGUCCUGCGCAAAGACGUCGACACACAAGCUUCGGUCAUCGUUCUCCUGCUCCGCAGCUACCUACUCACCUCCCACAUUUCCCAAGCCGAUCUCUUGGUCUCGCACACACAGUUCCCCGAGAAUGCGGCGAACAACCAGGUGGCCCGCUUCCUCUACUACCUUGGCCGCACCCGUGCCAUCCAGCUCCGCUACACCGAAGCGCACGAGCACCUGACGGCUGCAACACGGAAAGCCCCCUCGAGCGCCUGCGCUCUCGGCUUCAGCCAGACGGCGACCAAGCUGCUGAUGGUUGUGGAGCUGCUGAUGGGCGACAUUCCCGACCGGGCAACGUUCAGGCAGCCGAACAUGGAGACAGCCAUGCGCCCGUACUUCCUCCUCGUCCAGGCUGUCCGGGUUGGCAACCUGGAGGAUUUCGAGGCCAUUAUCGCGGAGCACGCCGACACAUUCCGCCGGGACGGCACGUACACGCUGAUCCUGCGGCUGCGGCAGAACGUCAUCCGGACAGGCAUCCGCAUGAUGAGCCUCAGCUACAGCCGCAUCUCGCUGCGGGACAUCUGCAUCCGCCUUCACCUGGGCUCCGAGGAGAGCGCCGAGUACAUUGUAGCCAAGGCGAUCCGCGACGGCGUCAUUGAGGCGACGCUCGACCGCGAGCGGGGCUUCAUGAAGAGUAAGGAAGUGGGCGACGUCUAUGCCACGCGCGAGCCGGGCGAGGCGUUCCACGACCGUAUCCGUGCGUGUCUCGCGUUGCAUGACGAGAGCGUGAAGGCCAUGAGGUUUCCCAUGAACCAGCACCGCCUCGAGUUGAAGAGCGCCCAGGAGGCCCGGGAACGUGAACGGGAGAUGGCCAAGGAGAUCCAGGACGGCGAUUUGGACGAGGAUGACCUCGGCGGCGAGUUCGAGGGCAUGUAAUAUCCCCAUGUGCGGUUGGCUUGGCUUUCCUCUCUCUUUUUCCGUUCUUGUAAACUUUGUGUGUCCGAGGAGAGAGACUUGGGGAAGCGGAAGGGAUGGUGGAAGGAGGCCUUGAAGGGGCAUGAAAUACGACAGCUGGUCCCUUGACACUUCCGUCGUCCUUGGCUGCUCUCAAGUGGACUCGAAGCGUUUACCAACAGUGAUCGUCGGGGCCGUUUUGGAAGACGGAGGUAUGGUACAGUACCAGAUAGAUUUCGCAUUGGGUGCUUGUGGUCGAGGAGGCUCUUCCAUGCUUCUUGCCUUGCCGAGGCUGUAAUACAGACAGAGCCUUCAACAUAGGGGCAGGAAGAAAGUGUAGAUGGAGGUUGUUUGAGGACAGGACCCCGGCGUUGGCUCAACCAAUAGGCCCAGUCGUACAUCUACAGCCAGUUUAUUUUUAAACACUCUCUCCUUGCCUGUCACCAUAGCAUAGCUCCGUUUCCACCGCUACAAUUCGUG